AUGUUGAAAGCUAAAGUGGUCACCAUGGAAACCAACAACUCCAUUGCCACCAGGCCCUCGUGGCCUGCCCCUGCUAGGGUACUUCCCUCUUUAGGUACCGACCUUCACUACUACUUCACAAACUUGGCAAAAAUCUACGGCCCUAUUUACAAACUCAAGCUAGGUAGCAAACUAUGCUUUGUGAUCUCAUCACCAACUCUUGUGAAACAAGUGCUUCGUGACCACGAAAAUUAUAUUUUCCAAUCGCGACGCCACCGUUGCUGCACAGAUUGCCUCAUAUACGGUGGGACCGACAUCGCGUUUGCACCAUAUGGACCGGAUUGGAGGAAGUUGCGCAAGGUAGUCAUGAACCACACGCUCAGUAAUGCCAACGUUGAUGCUUGCUAUGCUUUGAGGAAGAAGAGGUGGACAGGUCUAUCAGCCAUAUUUAUGGAAAAGUUGGCACCCCCAAUUGAUUUUGGGGAGGUAGCAUUUUUUACCAGCAUCAACACACUCAGCGCUUGGUAUGAAGCGGAAACGCUGCAGGAAGAGAAGGGAGCAACAGGUGUUGGGGUUGAGUUGAGGAAGGUGGUGACAGAAAUCAUAGGGUUGCUUGUUAAACCAAACGUUUCAGACUUUUUUCCUAUGCUUGCCAGGUUUGAUAUACAAGGGAUUAGGAGGCGACAACAGAAGGCUAUUAAAAGAUCAUCAGUUCUGCCAUUGAAAUCCAGAUGA